AUGUGGCUCAUUCCUGAGGAAACAGGCCAAACUCUCCAUCAGAAGGCAGAGGUGGUUGACCUCUUAGCAGUAAACGGCUCGCAAUGUCCUCAAUGCACUUUCAUCAACCAUCCUUCGAUGAAGACUUGCGAGAUGUGUGGUGUUUCUUUGGUUGAUAAUUGCUUUGAGGGCCAUGAUGAUAAAGAGGGGGGACGCUUGCAAUUGAAGUUUCGGUGUGAGGAUGGAGAGGGAAACGUCGAGAAGGAUUUGAUCAAGCUAAGUUUUAGAAAUGGUGGUGAGCAUCACUUUCAUUCGAAGCUUCUGCAAUGUCUUCAAGAUGUUCAAUGGGAGUUAAUUCAGCAGAGUAAUGGUGCCAAUAAAGGUGCUGUCCAGCUUCCUCGCAGUAGUAGAGGCUCGACUGCGUCCAUUAAUGCUUUAAUGGUACCCAGUACAGGAAUUCAUGGACUUCAAUCGUCCACUCAACAGCGUAAUUAUGAGACAUCGAUGAUUCUGAAUGACUCCUUGCAGGACCUAGAUAAUCUUUUGGAGAUGGGCAAGGAGCUUAUCGUUGUAGGACAGAAGUACCAACGGGUUCUUCUUGGGGCCAAAAGGAGAUCUAUGGGAUCUAUUGAUGCAAAUCUUGAACUUCUUCAUAAUUCGCAGAACUCGAUGAGAAUUCUAGACUCGAUUUUAAACAAGAAUGAACUAUACAAGGCACGUACAAACACUCAAAGAGUUACCAGUUUGACUAACAUGAAGCGUUCGGCCAGGAAAAAGUCCGGUAAAACCAAGAGUGCCUUGUUCCAAUUGUAUAUAGAGGAGCUCGCGAGGCAUAUCUGCGAGUUUAUGGUCAACGAAAACAUCUUAGACAAGAAUAAUGGUCUGGUAACGCUUUAUGAUCUUUACACUGCUUAUAAUGAAGCGCGUUGUGUGGAUUUGGUCUCUCCUGAUGAGCUUUACAGAGCUGUACAAAUGUUUGAUAAGCUGAAAAUGAAUUUUACCCUUUCUGAAAUUCCUGUUACUUAUCAGGGAAGCUUUUCAGUUGAGUUGAAGGAGCAGAAUAUGCUCAUUGUAUCGAGGAAUAAGGUUAGUUCAUCAUCGAUUUCUGCGAAACUCAAGACCUUAUUGUCGGAAACUCCAAACCUUUCCGUUCUACAGAUCCAAAAAUUGGACGGCUUUCAAAUUAACUACUUAAUUAUCGAAACUUUGCUAAACAGAUUACUCAAUGAUGGUGCAAUUGUGGUAGACAGAACUCUUCAAGGUGAAUUUUUCUAUCCUAAUGAAAUCCUAGGAAUCAAAAUGAAUGCUGUCACGGCUAACGUUAUUGAAGCUACGUCCGAUCUGACUCAAAAGAUGCAUCAUGUCUCCAUUGCUGAUAAUAUAUAUCCUCUCUUCAAAUCUAAUGGCACUGAAGACUCUAGUGCUAGGCUUCAGGAACUCGGAGAUUUGUUUUGA